AAAAAGGCAAAGAACACUUGUGCAAUUUAUGGAAACACUAGAAAAUUUUAACCAUGAAUCAUGAUUUCGAAAAAUCAUUGUGUCUAGGAAGUGGUAUAGCCUUUGCUUUUCUUUUACUUUUUAUCUCAGUUUCCAAUGGCUUUAUCAUGGUGGUGUUGUACAAAAAUCCUUUGCGCUGUUUCCGAAAAUCUUUCUCGAUGUUCCUGAUGUUUAUAACUGCAGUCGAUCUGUACAUUGGUACCGUGGUAUGCUCUGGAGAAGCAGUGAUGCGACUUCUAUGUACGUCAGGAGACGGUCAAAUUCCACAAGAAGGAGACGUCGUUACAAUACUGGGAUACUUUGGAAUUAACAGUUCCAUUCUCUUGGCGACUGCCAUGUCAGUUGACAGACUCAUUGCAAUUGUCUGGCCUCAUUUCUAUCGCCGCAAAAUCAGCCCAAGAAAUGUCGUGCUAUUCAACGCAGUCAUUUGUGUCUGCUCCUCGAUUUUUGCCUCACUUCAGUUUGCUGGAGUUGCAAUGGAUGUUUACCGUAUAAUAGAUGUUCAUUUGCAUACCACCUUUCCUCUUACGACAACUACUGUAGCCUACUUAGCGAUAUUUUUCUUUUUGAGAAAAAGAGGGCGAGUUGUAUUGCAAAAACAAACGAUAUCGGCCAGGAACUCAACGCUACGCGAUAUUCAACGAAUGAAAAAUGCACAAAUAGAGAGAAAGAUCGCCGCAACUUCUUUCCUCAUUUUACUUCUACUAACAGUUUCUCUUCUCCCGUAUUUUGUUAUAACUCUUCUUUAUGAGAAAUGCAAUGACUGUGACGAACGAAGAUGGUUUUUCGCGUUCAAAGAAUCGUCCAUAGUGUUCUUGUUUGUAAAUUCAACUGUGAAUCCUUUCUUGACAACUUUUCGUAUCAACGAACUGAAACACUCCGUAAAAAUUGUACUGGGAUUAAAUCGACGGAAUAAAGAUCAGGGAUGGAAACUGCCAACUACAAACUUUGGCACACUCAAUCCAUGAAAAUGAGUCAAUCAAGACCCAGUGCACUACCAACGAGUGUCACAUUGAAUAGUCAGCGGAGAGUGUUUCAUGUCGGCAACGACUAGAGGCUGCAACGGACGUCUACACCUUCGCUUAUGCGGAAAAAAAACAAAAACUGUCUUUUAGAUUCAGUUCGGCUUUUCUUUAUUAGCGACGUCUUCCAUAGAUGUAGUAGUGAUAAGUGUCUCUGGUGGACAAUGUCUCUUGAGCGUGGAGCAUCUCGUUUUCAACAUGAAUGCAUUUUAUUAAACACAUCCAACAUUUACAUGACCACAAUUUAAGUUCGCCAGGAGCCAGAGCUAACCGGAAGCUGAAAAAUUCGCCAGGUCCGGUUGCUAUGGGGUGAUGUCAUUUAUCUGUUAGGUUGCUGUCAUCGCAAGACUUUUGCGGUUCUAUUGUGGUUAGCGAUAA